UCCUUUGAAUUGCGUAAAAAUGACUGAAAAUCAAGAAGAAAUCAACAAUUCGUCAAACAUUUCGGAAGAAAUUGACGAAAUUGAAGCCGACAUGAGUUUUGGCAGCAGUUACGACGCUGAUUGUGACGUCACAUCUUCCGAGAAUACGGACGAUUCAAUUUCCAAAGAUGAGGACGACGAGCAUUGGGACUCGUAUCUUGAUGAUCCAGAAAUUGCUGCCUUGAUUAUGACUCGUUUUGCUGGCGCCGUGCAAAAAUUUAGAGAAUCCUCGAAGGCAGUUCAUGAGUUGUUUUUGGACACUUGGAAGAUGGAAAAUGCAGUUGGCAAGCUCAGUGAUCCGAAAAAACACAAAAAGGAUCCUCGAGUAUUUGACGUUUACACGCAAAUAGCUGAAGCAGGAACCAAUUUGGAUGCUUUGCUCAAAGAAAUGGAUUUUUUGAAGUUGCGUCAUGCGGAGAAUAUCAAGAAUCAAGUGAAAGUGGCUCCAAUCUCGAAGGACGAAAAGGCACGAGUCAAGCAACAUCUUGCCAAAUUGGGUGUCGAAUUGCAGCAAAUUAGGCGCUCCAAUGCGAAAUGGACACACGCGUUUGAGAAGAGAUACAACAUCACUGCAGAAGACCUCGAAUAACAAGAAAUCUUCCUUUUG